GCUAUCUGCAGCAUUAAUAGAAUAAGUCUUCGAAUGGUCAAAGAACUGGCGACUGAAAUAUAUAACGCGAAUAUUUCGAACUUGUCUCUCGACGAAACUCUCGAGGUGCUUUGGACGCUUGGUGAUUUCUACGAGACGUCGAACGCGAAGGCUGACAAUUACACGCAACUUACUCAACUGCUGUCCAAGUUUUACGAUAACGAUUACGACAUCGCCGAGCUCAUGAUGCGCCUGACCCCGGACUGCUCCGCUAUGCUUGUGCUCUGUUAUUUUCAAAACGAGAAGCAGAACUGCUCGGACAUAUUCACGGUCAGCCAAACGGAGACUGGAUUUUGUUGCACUUUCAACUACAUCCCGGAAAGAUACGACUCGCCAACGAUAUCAUUUUCACCGCGUCGGGUAGAACACGUGGGCAAAACGAGCGGUUUAACACUGAUGUUGGACCCGCUGAUGGAUGAUUACUUUUACCCCAUUAUCUCUACCACGGGUUGGAAGGUGAUGGUGUUCGAUCCCUACGACUACCCUGACACGACCACUGGCGGCGUAGUGGAGCUUUUGCUGUCUCCAUUGAACGAUAAAUACGUGGAACUGGACGCGUUAGGGUUGCACAGCAGCGAGAACAUUCGUUCAUAUCCGAUCGAGAAACGCGGAUGCUACUUUCCGAACGAAAGGCCAUCGAUCUCCGCGAUAUACACCGCCAGCGAUUGCAUAGUUGCCUGCAAAGUAGCCGAUAUAUGGAAGAGCUGCAAAUGCAGACCGUUCUUCUACAAUCCACGGCCCACGGAACAGAUCGACGCAAAGAACGAGGAAAUUGAGGUAAUGCCGAUAUCCGUAGAUAUUCUCAUCGCGAUAGAACGUAUUUCCGGAUGGAAACAAUUUUACUUUGUGCCCAAUAAAUCGUACAAUUAUUAUUCUAUUGGUCAUUCAGGGUCCAACAGGACUUGCACCAUGGAGGACAUACCGUGCUUAAGGGAGUACAAAUAUUACACUCUUUUUCUAAACUCAGAUAAAAGACUUUCGAUAGUGCCUUACCCGGAAAGAACAUUAAACUCUUUGGUAAACAAUAACCAAACGCUGUACUGUAAAAACUGUUAUCCUUCAUGUGACGAAAUUUUUUAUCUGGCCAAGAGCACUGUGUUCGAACUCAGGAGUGGCUACUUUAAAACGACCCUACUCGACAACGUUAACGUAACAAAUCACAGUAUCCUUCGAGUGUAUUUCGGGAAAGUUGGAACCGCGUAUCUGAAACAAGAUGAGAGCUACCGUUGGUACGAGUAUUUGAGUGACGCUGGCGGAAUAUGCGGAUUUUUCGUCGGUUUUAGCCUAACCAGCGUGAUAGAGAUCGUUUACUUUAGCGUGCUCUUUCUAUUGGAGAUAUUUAACCCUAAAACCGAUCCCGAAACUGCGGGGGAAGACGAGAAUCCACAUAAUCAACUCUCGAUACAAGCUGUUUACUGGAACGAGCUAUUUCCACGUUCGAGAAUUCGAGAACAAUGA